AUGAACCUUAUGGAGUUUAAUCAGUCUGAUCACUGUGAUCAUUUCUCCUGUCCAGAGAGAUCUGUAUCUCCUGCAGUUUAUAUCUUACUGUAUGUGUGUUCAGCUGCUGUGGUUCUGCUAACAGUGUGUGGAAAUCUGCUCGUCAUCAUCUCUGUUCUUCACUUCAAGCAGCUUCACACACCAACAAACAUGCUGCUGCUCUCUCUGGCUGUGUCGGAUUUCCUUGUUGGUGCUUUAGUGAUGCCGCCAAUAUUAAUCUGGACAAUAGAGUCAUGCUGGAUUUUUGGGAGAGAUUUCUGCAUCAGUUUUUUGUUUAUUGGUGGUGUCCUCAUGACCAUAUCAAUUUAUAAUGUUGCCCUGAUCGCUGUAGAUCGGUAUUUGGCUCUGUCAAACCCUUUUCUCUACAUGAGUUCUAUAUCUAGGAGGACUAUGUGCAUUGUGGUUUAUUCUAACUGGUGUGUGUGUAUUACAUAUAUGACAGCAUUUUAUUAUUUCAAUGGAAGCUUUGAAAAUUCUGUAAUGUGUCCUGGAAAAUGUUUAGUAAUUGUGAAAGAGGUUUGGACUGUAAUUAAUCUUGUGGUAUUGUUUAUAUUUCCCCUUUCUCUUAUAAUCAUAUUGUAUACUCGAGUUUUUGUGAUUGCUAAGAAACAUGCCACUGCUAUCAGAGAGCUUAAUAAUCACACGCGGCCUAAAACACAGAAAAUCACCUCACACUCCAUGAAAUCUGAGAGAAAAGCAGCUAAAGUCCUCGGUAUUUUAGUGUCUGUGUUUCUGGUGUUUUUACUUCCAUUUUAUAUUUACAGUAUAUUAGGGAAUGUUAUUGAAAUACAGACAGAAACAUUGCUGACGCUUUUGGUUGUGGUUCAUCUUAAUUCCACCAUUAAUCCAGUUAUUUAUGCUCUGUUUUAUCCGUGGUUCAGGAGGUGUGUUAAAUUAAUCAUAACUCUACAAAUUUUUCUGACUGACUCUGAAUUAAUCAAUGUUCUUUCAUGA